AUGAAAUUAUUCAUUGCUUUCUUUUUUGUGAUUGUUCUUAUUGUAUUCCAGGAACAAAAUUAUUGUUUUUCCUUAAGUAUACCUGCUUCUCCUGGCUACUAUCAAGAUGGGGAUUUUGUUAUUGGAGGACUCUUUUCCCUUAGAGUGACUACUGGAGACACUAGAAGUAAAUUUGGCUUUACAGAUACAAACCCUAUACCGGAAUAUGUUUAUGUGGAUUUCACUAAACAUUAUCAACACAUGUUAGCAAUGGUUUUUGCUAUAGAAAAAAUCAACAAAGACCCAAAUAUUCUAUCCAAUAUGUCCCUGGGAUUCUAUCUCUUCAAUGUUGAUUUUAUUGAGCUGAAGGCUGUGCAAAGUUCUAUGGCAUUGCUCUCAGGAGAGAGCCCCCCAAUUCCUAACUACAACUGCAGGCCACAGAAGAUUGAUAAGCUGGUUGCUGUGAUAGGAGGCAUUUCAACAGGAAUAUCAACUCAGAUCUCCCGAGUUCUAAGUCUCUACAGUGUCCCACAGAUCAGCUAUGCUCCUUUUGACCAGAGUCUUGGGACCAGAGUCCAGUUCCAGUCUCCUUACCAGUUUCCUGUGCACACCACAGCUCUGUAUCAGGGAAUUAUUCAACUGUUGCUAUACUUCAUGUGGGUCUGGGUUGGCCUGGUGGUCCCAGAUGAUAUUAGGGGAGAGCUCUUCCUUAGGGACAUCACAGAAGAGUUGACCAACCACAGACUUUGUGUUGCAUUUGCAGAAAAGGUGCCAGAAUUUCCUGCUAAGGACACAGUAAACAGGGAACUUUUUAGGGGAAGAUUCACAUUGGCAAGUGUUAUUGUUGCAUUUGGUGACACAUAUUCUCUUCUCAGAUUUGUCUAUAACAUCUUUUGCAAUACUCCUUUUGGUAAUGUCUGGAUCACUACUUCUGAUUGGGAUAUUACCACAUUUCCCUUUCAACAAAAUCUAGGUUAUACAUACUUUGGUGGAGGAUUAUCAUUUUCUGUUCAUAUGGAUGAAAUUCUGGGAUUCAAGGAUUUUCUCAGAAGUGUUCAACCUAGAAAAUACCCUCAUGACAUCUUUAUCCAGGAUGUGUGGUCAAUCUUAUUUGAAUGUCCGUAUUUUGAUCAGGACUGGAUCAGGGAACUGAGUCAAUGUGAACAAAAUGGCAGCCUGAGCACACGACCACUGCAUGUUUGGGAUAUGAAUACCUUAUCCUCUAGCUACAAAGUCCAUGCAGCUGUGUAUGCCAUUGCCCAGGCACUUCAUGAGGAGUUGUCACUCAGAGUGGAAGGAAGCUCAUUCAAUAAAGGUGUACUCAGGGCACCUCUCCCAUGGAAGCUCCAUCUAUUCUUACAAAGGGGCCAAUUUUGGGAAAGCAUCAAUGAGGAGAAUGUUGUAAACAAGGAAAUUUCAACGACCAAGCUUGACAUCCUUAAUUACCAGUCUCUGCAGAGUGGUACCAAAGCUCAAGUGAAAGUUGGCGAGUUUGUCUUUGAAUCUAAUAGUGUUCAGCAUUUUACCCUAAAUGAUGAACUCAUAAGUUGGGGCGAGCACCACAAUCAGACUCCUUUUGCUCUUUGCAGUCAAAGUUGUACAAUUGGAUUUAGGAAAACACUUGUUGAAGGGAAACCAUUCUGUUGUUUUGAUUGUGUUCCAUGUCCAGAUGGAGAGAUUGCAAAUGAAACAGAUAUGGAUCAAUGCAUCAAGUGUCCUGAAGAUCAGUAUCCAAAUAAGCAGAGGAAUCAGUGUCUCCCUAAAAUUAAAACAUUUUUGUCCUAUGAAGAUACUCUGGGAGCUGUUUUGGCAUCACUGGCUAUUAGUUUGUCUACCUUUUCAGCUAUAAUUUUGGGAUUAUUUAUCUGCUAUCGGGACACACCCAUUGUCAGAGCAAAUAACAGAAAUCUCAGUUAUCUCCUCCUCAUUUCUCUAAUGCUCUGUUUCUUUUGCUCAUUAAUAUUCAUUGGCCAACCGAGUAGAGUCACUUGUGUCUUGAGACAAAUGAUUUUUGGUAUUGUAUUUUCUGUUGCUGUUUCUGCUGUCUUGGCAAAGACCUUCAUUGUGGUUGUGGCCUUCAAAUCCCUCAAACCAGGAAGCACCUUACAAAUGUGGAUGGUGACCCGACUCUCAAAUGCUAUAGUCUGCUGUGGUUCCAUCAUUCAAGUGUGCAUCUGUGCAGUCUGGCUGGGAACAAAUCCACCUUUCCCUGAUGUUGACAAGCAGUCAGAGUUUGGUCAAAUCACCUUCUGUUGUAAUGAGGGGUCCACCCUUGCUUUCUAUUGUGUUCUGGGGUACUUGGGCUUUCUGUCCAGUCUCAGCUUGCUUAUUGCUUUUCUGGCAAGAAGACUACCAGACAGCUUCAAUGAGGCAAAAACAAUCACAUUCAGCAUGCUUGUUUUCUGCACUGUGUGGAUUUCUUUUGUACCCACUUACCUGAGCUCCAAAGGUAAAACCAUGGUGGCUGUGGAAAUUCUUUCAAUUUUAGCUUCUAGUGCUGGCUUACUGGGCUGUAUAUUUCUUCCCAAAUGCUAUGCGAUCCUACUGAGAUCAGGUAGCCUUUCAAGACAAAAGUUCUCUAUAUGA